AAGGGGAGCGUCGGGGCAGCUAUGGCCGGGCAGCCGUCGGGCUCCUUCCCGCUGCUCCUGAGGGGCGACUGGGGCCCCGCCGAGCCGCCGCCUGCCCUCAGGAAGAAGCUGCUCUGCUACUUCCAGAGCCAGAAGCGCUCGGGCGGCGGCGAGUGCGAGCUGCGGGCCGGCCCCAGCCCCGGGCACCUCCUCAUCUGCUUCAGCCGGCCGGAGGUGAAGCAACGAGUUCUUGAGAGAGAGUUUCACAAGCUGUGUUUGGGAGAAAACCAAGAAUUGAAGUUAAUUGUCACAGAGCCUGAAACUGCACUGGCUGUUGAAGAGGAGACAUUUGAAGAAAAGUUAAUUCCCACAGAGUCUCUGGAGGCCUCAAGCAGCCUUCAAACAAAAGGUGAUGCAGAAGCCCUGCAGAAAACAGAGAGCUCUGUUGCAAGUAGUGAGCUCCAGGAGGGAGCUGCCUCUGCAGUGAAUGUGGCAGAAAAGCCUGCGGGGUCCUCACCUUCAGUGGUGUUUGAAGACAUACAACGUUGCAGUCCCAAAUGCUUCUAUAUGCUGUUGGAGAACAUCAGUGACCUGGUAGUAAAUGAGGACUUCACUGUGGAAGUGAUACCUGAAGGAAAUGUUGCUGUAGCUACCUUCAUAAAAAGUAUUGAUACUGAAGAAUUUGUCAAAAGAUGCUUACAGAACAAAAGAGUUAAAGAAUUCAAAAUGACUGCCAGGCUUCUUGAGUCGACCCAGAGCAUCAAGGCUGAAAACAUCCCGGAUGGUGUUUCCAGGGACUACAUCACAGUUUACUUUGAGAACGUGCGGAAUGGAGGGGGCCCUGUGUCAGAUGUGCAGCUCUUCCCUGAGGAGAACUCGGCUAUCAUCACCUUCUGUGAUCCCAAAGAUGUAAACACUGUCUUGAAAAAGCAGCAUUUGCUGGAACAGACACCAAUCUCUGUGUAUCCAUAUUACCACUCCCUGGGAACUGCUCUCUAUGGAGAAGAAAGACCAACUAUCAAGAUGCCAGAGCCCUUUGGGGUGCCAAUAGAUCCUUAUGUCUGGCAGUUUUUACAGAGGGAGCCCAAACUGAUCCAAGACAUAAAGCAGGAAAUGGCAAUUUGCCACUGUGAGUUGGAAUGGCCCCAGGCAGACUGUGCACACCCAGAAGUUACUUUGUGCCCCUCCUCAUCUCUCUCAGAGCAGAAAAAGCCAGUGGUUAAGCUGAUCAAGACAUGGAAGCAGGAUGCCUCUGCUGAGUUCUCACGCAUCAUGGCACAUUACGUAGCUAUCAAAUGUAAACUGAAGUCAGUGGAUUGGGAAGAGGUGAAAACCAGGCUGGUGAAAGACGUUGCUUUGAUGGUAACUGAUAUUUCUGAGGAGAUGGUAGUGAUUGCAGGCCACAGAGCAGCAGUGGACAGCGCAGAGAAAGACAUGAGGGAAUGCAUGGAAAAAGCCAUGAAGCAAAGCGAAAGGGAAAAGCAAAGCAUUGAGAUCUCUGUGUCAGUGGUUGCAGGCAAGUACAGCGUUCUGCACAAUGCUGGCUUGGAAGAGAACAUUCACAAAGAGUAUCCCUGCUUAAAGAUCUUUUAUGAUGACACCAAAAAAACUGUUCAGUUGUGUGGAUUACCUGCAGAAGUAUAUAAAAUCAAAGCUGACUUACUGGAAAGGGUAUUGAAUAUGCCCUGUACGUCAGUUGCCAUCGAUCCCCAUGUUUUCUACUAUCUAGAGCGUGUAGAUAAUAAAACAAUGUCAGAGACAUUAUUCACUCAGAAAAAAAUUAACACUUUUUAUGAGCUCGACGGUGAUACUGUGUUGCUAUUUGGAAAUGCUUCCAAAGAUCUUUUAGAAGCAGAAGAGCAAAUAAAGACAGGAUUAGACUCUAAGUGCAUCGUCAUGGAGGACGAUGAGGUCAUCAAAAAGGAGCAGUGGAAGAAACUUCUUGCCUCCUUGUGCAAGAAGUACAAUUCCUCCCAGCAAAAAGUAAUCAUUGAUGAACACAUUGGAAAAGAAACUAAAGUGAUUAUUGCUGGCUUUUCUCCAGCUGUAAAAGAAGUUUAUCAGAAGCUCAAUGAUUUUAUAGGUAGAUACACAAUCGUGGAAGAAGUAAUCCCAGCCGGGUCGGUGGUGGUGGUGCAGUUUGUAGAGAAGGAAAAAUCUGAAGUUUGUCUUGAGUUGAGAAGGGAAGGUGUGACAGUAUGUUUUGACACCAAGACACUGUCUAUUUACCUGAGUGGACCAAAAGCAGAAGUGCCAAAAGCAGUCACCACAUUCAAAGAAAUUCUCUCAUCUCUUUACUCAAAAAAUGUGCCCAUUGAUAAGCCGGGAGCCAAAGAGUUCUUCACUGAAAGGAAAGAUUCAUGUGUUUGUGAGGCAAAGCAGAAAUUUCGGUGUUUGAUUAGGCUGGAGGAAGAUGGAGAACAGCAACAGCAACAGCAACAGAAGGGCAAAAAAGUUGUUGAUAAAGAGAAAAGGAAGCUCUACUACAAGAAAGUGCUGCCAGAUGGAGCUGCGGUAGCAGUGUACAAAGGUAACUUGUGUAAUUACCCUGUUGAUGUGCUGGUAAAUCCCUCUAGUGAAGACUUAGAACCUGUUGGUGGCCUUGCUGACGGGCUGCUGAAAGCAGCCGGCCCAGAGCUGCAAGAGGAGUGUGAUGAGCUGGUGAGGAAGAAGGGGAGUUUACAGCCUGGGUGUGCGGUUAUCACGGGCGCCGGGAAGCUCCCCUGCAAGAAUGUCGUUCAUGCUGUCGGGCCCAGGUGGAGGAAGGAGGAAGCAGAAGAGUGUGAGGACUUGUUGAAAAAGACAGUGAAGAAAAGUCUGCAGCUUGCUGAAGCAUUUAAUCAUAGUUCUAUAGCCCUGCCCACUCCAAGUGGGGGGAUAUUUGGCUUCCCACUGGAACUGUGCACCUAUUCAAUUGUGUCUUCCAUCAAGGAGACUUUGGAAGACCCCGAGGACAGCAGCUUGAAGGAGAUUCAUCUUGUGGGUGAUGCAAAAGAAACAGUUCGGUCUGUGAUUGAGAUAGUAAAAAAAGUGUUUACAGCUAAGUCAUCUUCCCCAAUGCUGAGGAUACCUUGCUUGGAAACCUAUAAACUGAGGCCAAGCCAGAAGGAGAACAGAAAAGAGGAUCUGCAGAUGGUCAGGACAGGUGAAGGACUUUGCAUCCGAGUAGAGGAGAAAAAUGUUCAGGAAGCCACGGCAGAUGUUAUUGUCAACAGUGUUGGCACAGAUCUGAAGUUUGGUGUGGGGCCUCUUUGCAAAGCCUUGCUGGAAAAGGCUGGACCAGCUCUCCAGACAGAGUUUGACAGUGAAAAACAAAAACAGGCUGCUGCUGAAGGGAGUGUGGUCUGCACCAGUGGAGGUGCUCUGGCCUGCAAGUCUGUGCUUCAUGCCAUACUUCCAGUGUGGGAUGGAGGAAAUGGACAGACCCUGAAGACCCUAGAAAACGUAAUCCAUUCCUGCUUGAAGAAAACUGAAGAACUUGGACUGAAAUCAAUCACUUUCCCAGCUAUUGGGACUGGUGGAUUUGGGUUUCCUAAAACCAUUGUUUCUAAGUUGAUGUUUGAUGUGGUAUUCAAGUUCAGCAGUAGUCACACUCGGAAGACUCUCCAGGAGGUUAAUUUUCUCUUGAAUCCAAAAGAUGUGGAUAACGUCCAGGCUUUUACCACUGAACUACAACGCAGGGCAGCUGAAAGUUCCAGUGCUGCAGCACCAAAGUCAGGUUCCAUUAGGCUUGUUUCAACUGAAGUAUUGGGAGUUUAUGAAAUGCAGAUUGGUUCCAUUACACUCCAAGUAAUGAGUGGAGACAUUACCAAGGAAGAUACAGAGGUUAUUGUAAGCGUGUCAAAUGCGACAUUCAAUUCCCCGUCAGGGGUCUUCAGAGCAAUUGUGGAUGCUGCUGGUUCCCAAGUCCAAGCAGAAUGUGCUCAACAUGCUGGGCAGUCUCAAAGUGGCUUUAUCACCACACAAGGUGGAAAUCUGUUGUGCAAUAAAAUCAUCCACUUGGUUCAUGAUCACAAUGUGAAGAAUCAGAUCUCUAAAGUGCUUAAUGAGUGUGAGCUGAAGAUGUACAAAUCUGUCGCCUUCCCAGCGAUUGGAACAGGUCAAGCAGGAAAGAGUGCAGCAAAGGUAGCUGACGACAUGUUGGAUGCUAUAGUGGAAUUUGAAAGCAAGACAGCAGUACAGCAUUUGAAAAAAGUUAAAAUCGUCAUCUUCCAGACACAGAUGCUCCAAGACUUUUAUGAAAGCAUGAAGAAAAGAGAAGAUUCAGAUUCAGCCACAGCAGAUUCGUGGAUGUCUAUGUUUAAGUCAUUUUUCUGGGGCAAAACUCAAUCCCCUGAGAAGAAGCAGCCUGUUUGUUUGGAGAAGAAAGUGAAUUUAGCUGUAUUUCAGAUCUGUGGAGAAAGCCAAGAAGAUGUGGAUGCAACUGAGUCCUGGAUAAAAAAUCUAAUUUUAAAGGAGCAGUUUGAAACCAGUAUUUCAGAUGAGCUAAUUGAAAGAUUUGAUGAGAUGCAGAUUGACACUUUGGCAGAUCUCCAGAGAAGGCGGCAUGUUACCAUUGAGCUUGAAAACAAACUUUACCCCCCUCGCAUUAUAAUUUCUGGGAUUAGCAGGGACGUCUGUUUUGUUUCUGUCGAAGUUCAGAAAAUGAUCCAAAAAAUUAAAGAUGCUGAAGAAGAACAAGCCAAGGCAGAACUUGUUUAUAACCUUGUAGAAUGGAGGUGUCUAGGAAACAACGAUAGCUUUGUUCCUUUUGAUAAACUGACAAAUAUGCAGCUGGAGGAUGCCAAAAUAGCUAAAAAACCACAUGUUACCGUCAAAAUUAACAAGAAGAACUACAAGGUGGAUCUGAAUACUCUCCAGGCUAAUGAUGACCAAGGGAAUAUUAUAACCAUUCAACGUGUGCCAAAGAAUAAAGAUAAGCAGUCGAUAGAGCUCCCUACACAUUGGGAAAUGAUGCAAAAGGAACCGGUCAAACUGGUGAAUCUCGAGCAAUCACAUCACGAAUAUCUGGACGUUCAGAAAAUGUUCAAGAAAACCUGCCCCAACUUUGUUAUACAGAAGAUUGAAAGAAUACAAAAUUCCUUCCUCUGGAAGACAUAUCAAAUGAAAAAAAAUGCUCUUGAUGCAAAGAACAAAGCCCAAAGCAAUGAGAAGUUGCUGUUUCAUGGGACAGCUGCAUCCUCCUUGAGCACAAUCAACUACAAUGGAUUUAAUCGGGGCUUUGUUGGAAAGAAUGAUGCAGCCAUUGGGAAUGGAACCUAUUUUGCUGUGGAUGCAAGUUAUUCUGCUCAGGAUAUUUAUUCCAGCCCAGACACGAAUGGCACAAAAUACAUGUACUUGGCUCGAGUCCUCACUGGGCAUUACUGCACUGGGAGCAGAGGACUAAUCACUCCACCACCAAAAAGUCCAGCAGAUCCUACUGACCUCUAUGACAGCGUGGUUGAUGAUGUGAAUAACCCAAAAAUGUUUGUCAUAUUUCAUGACAUUCAGGCAUACCCUGAAUAUCUUAUUACUUUCAAGAAAUCGCCGCAUCAUACCCCACUGCACCUAACUACGUGGCCUCACACCGCACCGCAUCUCCCUGCCGUGCUCUGCACGGUGCUGCACCGCCGCCCCGCCAGCGCGUCAUCGCCCGGCACCGCAUCCUCGCGCUGCGUGGGCCGCUCUGCCCGGCUCCGCGCUGCCCUGCCCCGCCUCACCUUCACCCCCGCUCCGCGCCCGGCCCUGGCGGAGCCGCGCCACAGCGAGAGCGCCCGCCGCCUCGGCCUCGGCCCCGCCGCCUCCCGCGCUCCCCGCUCGCCCAUUGGCCGCAGCCGCCGCGCACGGCGCUGUCUCCAUGGCGACGCGGCGGAAGGCCAGUCCAAGAUGGCCGCCGAGCCGGGCGGCGGGCGGCCCAGAGCUUCUCGGCCGCUGCUCGUCGCCUUCAUGGCCGCGCUGCUGGGCUGCGGCCGCGCCGCCGCCCCUUCGCCCUUCUCGUCCUCGUCCUGUCACCACCGCGUGCCCAGCGGCGAAGAGGUGAGGCAGCCGCGGGCGGUUGUCAGGCGGGGAUCGGGCGGCGAGGGCUUCUCCGUUUGCCGCUCCCGCCGUUGGGCUGUCUAUCGAGUUCCUCUAAAGGAAAACCGCGUCUUGAAGAGAAAUGUGGAUCAGCAGCUGAGAAUUAAGAUUAUAUACGACACAAGUGUUGAGGAAAUAUCACAUUUGGGCCAUUUUGGAAUCCAAAGCGUCCAGCGAUACCCUGCAGAAUUUGGUGAUGCAGAAGCCCUGCAGAAAACAGAGAGCUCUAUUGCAAGUAGUGAGCUCCAGGAGGGAGCUGCCUCUGCAGUGAAUGUGGCAGAAAAGCCUGCGGGGUCCUCACCUUCAGUGGUGUUUGAAGACGUACAACAUUGCAGUCCCAAAUGCUUCUAUAUGCUGUUGGAGAACAUCAGUGACCUGGUAGUAAAUGAGGACUUCACUGUGGAAGUGAUACCUGAAGGAAAUGUUGCUGUAGCUACCUUCAUAAAAAGUAUUGUUUUGCUCCAGAUACAGGGAGACAUUGACCCAGUCGAUAUCCAGAAGUGCCAGCGGGCUCUGAUAGCAAGGCAGGGAGACGUGCUGCCAGGCUUCUUGAGUCGACCCAGAGCAUCAAGGCUGAAAACAUCCCGGACGGUGUUUCCAGGGACUACAUCACAGUUUAUUUCGAGAACAUGCGGAACGGAGAGGGCCUCCUUGUGCAAGAAGUACAAUUCCUCCCAGCAAAAAGUAAUCAUUGAUGAACACAUUGGAAAAGAAACUAAAGUGAUUAUUGCUGGCUUUUCUCCAGGUGUAACAGAGGUUUAUCAGAAGCUCAAUGAUUUUAUAGGUAGAUACACAAUCGUGGAAGAAGUAAUCCCAGCCAGGUCGGUGGUGGUGGUGCAGUUUGGAGAGGACAAAUCUGAAGUUUGUCUUGAAUGGAGGAGGGAAGGUGUGGCAGUAUGUUUUGACACCAAGACACUGUCUAUUUACCUGAGUGGACCAAAAGCAGAAGUGCCAAAAGCAGUCACCACAUUCAAAGAAAUUCUCUCAUCUCUUUACUCAAAAAAUGUGCCCAUUGAUAAGCCGGGAGCCAAAGAGUUCUUCACUGAAAGGAAAGAUUCAUGUGUUUGUGAGGCAAAGCAGAAAUUUCGGUGUUUGAUUAGGCUGGAGGAAGAUGGAGAACAGCAACAGAAGGGCAAAAAAGUUGUUGAUAAAGAGAAAAGGAAGCUCUACUACAAGAAAGUGCUGCCAGAUGGAGCUGCGGUAGCAGUGUACAAAGGUAACUUGUGUAAUUACCCUGUUGAUGUGCUGGUAAAUCCCUCUAGCGAAGACUUAGAACCUGUUGGUGGCCUUGCUGACGUGCUGCUAAAAGCAGCUGGCCCAGAGCUGCAAGAGGAGUGUGAUGAGCUGGUGAGGAAGAAGGGGAGUUUACAGCCUGGGUGUGCAGUUAUCACAGGCGCCGGGAAGCUCCCCUGCAAGAAUGUCGUUCAUGCUGUCGGGCCCAGGUGGAGGAAGGAGGAAGCAGAAGAGUGUGAGGACUUGUUGAAAAAGACAGUGAAGAAAAGUCUGCAGCUUGCUGAAGCAUUUAAUCAUAGUUCUAUAGCCCUGCCCACUCCAAGUGGGGGGAUAUUUGGCUUCCCACUGGAACUGUGCACCUAUUCAAUUGUGUCUUCCAUCAAGGAGACCUUGGAAGACACGGAGGACAGCAGCUUGAAGGAGAUUCAUCUUGUGGGUGAUGCAAGAGAAACAGUUCGGUCUGUGAUUGAGAUAGUAAAAAAAGUGUUUACAGCUAAGUCAUCUUCCCCAAUGCUGAGGAUACCUUACUUGAAAACCUAUAAACUGAGGCCAAGCCAGAAGGAGAACAGAAAAGAGGAUCUGCAGAUGGUCAGGACAGGUGAAGGACUUUGCAUCCGAGUAGAGGAGAAAAAUGUUCAGGAAGCCACGGCAGAUGUUAUUGUCAACAGUGUUGGCACAGAUCUGAAGUUUGGUGUGGGGCCUCUUUGCAAAGCCUUGCUGGAAAAGGCUGGACCAGCUCUCCAAACAGAGUUUGACAGUGAAAAACAAAAACAGGCGGCUGCUGAAGGGAGUGUGGUCUGCACCAGUGGAGGUGCUCUGGCCUGCAAGUCUGUGCUUCAUGCCAUACUUCCAGUGUGGGAUGGAGGAAAUGGACAGACCCUGAAGACCCUAGAAAACGUAAUCCAUUCCUGCUUGAAGAAAACUGAAGAACUUGGACUGAAAUCAAUCACUUUCCCAGCUAUUGGGACUGGUAGAUUUGGGUUUCCUAAAACCAUUGUUUCUAAGUUGAUGUUUGAUGUGAUAUUCAAGUUCAGCAGUAGUCACACUCGGAAGACUCUCCAGGAGGUUAAUUUUCUCUUGAAUCCAAAAGAUGUGGAUAACGUCCAGGCUUUUACCACUGAACUACAACGCAGGGCAGCUGAAAGUUCCAGUGCUGCAGCACCAAAGUCAGGUUCCAUUAGGCUUGUUUCAACUGAAGUAUUGACAGUUUAUGAAAUGCAGAUUGGUUCCAUUACACUCCAAGUAAUGAGUGGAGACAUUACCAAGGAAGAUACAGAGGUUAUUGUAAGCGUGUCAAAUGCGACAUUCAAUUCCCCGUCAGGGGUCUUCAGAGCAAUUGUGGAUGCUGCUGGUUCCCAAGUCCAAGCAGAAUGUGCUCAACAUGCUGGGCAGUCUGAAGGCGGCUUUAUCACUACACAAGGUGGAAAUCUGUUGUGCAAUAAAAUAAUCCACUUGGUUCAUGAUCACAAUGUGAAGAGUCAGAUCUCUAAAGUGCUUAAUGAGUGUGAGCUGAAGAUGUACAAAUCUGUCGCCUUCCCAGCGAUUGGAACAGGUCAAGCAGGAAAGAGUGCAGCAAAGGUAGCUGACGACAUGUUGGAUGCUAUAGUGGAAUUUGAAAGCAAGACAGCAGUACAGCAUUUGAAAAAAGUUAAAAUCGUCAUCUUCCAGACACAGAUGCUCCAAGACUUUUAUGAAAGCAUGAAGAAAAGAGAAGAUUCAGAUUCAGCCACAGCAGAUUCGUGGAUGUCUAUGUUUAAGUAUAAGCAGUUGACAGAGCUCCCUGCACAUUGGGAAAUGAUGCGAAAGGAACCGGUCAAACUGGUGAAUCUUGAGCAAUCACAUCACGAAUAUCUGGAUGUUCAGAAAACGUUUAAGAAAACCUGCCCCAACUUUGUUAUUGAGAAGAUUGAAAGAAUACAAAAUUCCUUCCUCUGGAAGACAUAUCAAAUGAAAAAAAAUGCUCUUGAUGCAAAGAACAAAGCCCAAAGCAAUGAGAAGUUGCUGUUUCAUGGGACAGCUGCAUCCUCCUUGAGCACAAUCAACUACAAUGGAUUUAAUCGGGGCUUUGUUGGAAAGAAUGAUGCAGCCAUUGGGAAUGGAACCUACUUUGCUGUGGAUGCAAGUUAUUCUGCUCGGGAUAUUUAUUCCAGCCCAGACACGAAUGGCACAAAAUACAUGUACUUGGCUCGAGUCCUCACUGGGCAUUACUGCACUGGGAGCAGAGGACUAAUCACUCCACCACCAAAAAGUCCAGCAGAUCCUACUGACCUCUAUGACAGCGUGGUUGAUGAUGUGAAUAACCCAAAAAUGUUUGUCAUAUUUCAUGACAUUCAGGCAUACCCUGAAUAUCUUAUUACUUUCAAAAAAUAGAAUGCUCUUAGGCUGGGAAAUUUUAGUGCCUUUGACAGGUGGGAAUUAACAGGGCAAUUCAUGAUUCUUGUUCACCACGAGGCUGCUUAAGCUAAGUAGUCACAUUUCAACCACACACAUAGAUAAAUGUCUUCAAAUCAUCCAGGUAGGAAGGUAGGUCAGGGCACGUAUACAUAGUCUUAUUUCCAGUAUUCACCAUGAAGAACAAAGUGGCUGGCUGCCUGGGAGGAGAUCUGUAAAAUAUUCCCUGUUGGGGAAAACAACCUCGUUCACUAGCACUUUUCAUUCAUCCUCAGGCAUCCACUCUUGUUGGUGCUAAGAGCCUCGAAGAAAGAGAAUCCAGCAUUGAAAAACGCUUUGCAUCUACAGGGGCAUAGCUCAAAUACCAUGCUUAAACCAUGUGAAGCCUUUUGAAGCUUUGUAAAGCAUAUAGGUAAUGGCAUUUGUACAUCUUGGCAAGCUGUACACUUACUGACAGAAUCCUACAACAUCUAAUCAAAAGCCAUAUUCAUGUGGUUUUAAUAAAAGUAGUUUCAAACUG